ACGGCGAUCUAGGCAUCUAGUGGAAUACGGCUUUCAUCAACUCGUGCGGACAACAUUGCCCCGUAAGAAAAUGAAACAAUGAAUGAGAAAUUCUUCCUGUGCUACUGAUCUCUCAUUUAAGUCACCUUUCUUCAGUUCGUUCCCCACGUUCGCCGGAGUACCGCCACCACCGCCUCUUCCUCUGCCGCCGAUCCGUGGUCGGACUUUGCACUGGCUGUACUAAGUAUAUGCUUUUGAUAAUACACGGACACAGAGAAGAGAGACAAGAAACAUAUAACUUCUUUGAUACCCAAGGGAGAGAAAAAUAAGAUUUUUUUUUUUUUUUKGGGGGGGGGUUCAACGCAGAAAGACCUUUAAAUUAGUCUAUUUAGUUUUUGAGAGGAUGAAGGAAGUAGAAGUAAACCGAUGCCAAAUUCAGGAAUGGUACCCAAAGUUCAGAUCUGUCUCCAUUAGAACCUUGAUCCACCGGCUUCCAGAAGACUUUGUCCAAUACCUUCUUGAGGAUUCUGGACCUUUCCUCCUUCCACAAACUAUCUCUGGUGAAGAUGCCUUGCCCCAGAGAAUCCAUAAUCCUGAAGAGGAGGAUGAUUUUGAAGUAUCAGAAGGAUCUGGAGAUGAAUCAGAAAAACCACCACCUGCACCUUCUUUCCCAGAAUUUGAGUUGAAAGUUAAAGAAUCAAUCAGUGCUCUUGGUGGAGUUGUCUUCCCUAAGCUGAACUGGAGUGCACCAAAGGACUCUGCUUGGAUUACCACAACUGGGACCCUCCAAUGCACCUCAUUCAGUGAGAUUGCUCUGGUUUUACGAUCCUCUGAUUCUUUGGUCCAUGAUCUUUGCCAUGCUUUUGAUUCAUGCACUGAUAAGACCUGCUCGAGACCUUCAACUUUCUUUCUUGCUCUUCGAAAGUGGUACCCAUCCCUCCGUCCAGAGAUGGAAUUCCGUUGCUUUGUUUGUGAUCAGCUCCUUGUUGCAAUCUCUCAACGUGAGGUCACCAAUUUCUACCCUGUUCUUCAAGAGAAGAAACAUGAUCUUGAAGUGUUAAUCUCUGAAUUCUUUAUGGAGAAUGUGAGGAUGAAAUUUGAAUCAGAGAAUUACACGUUUGAUGUUUAUGUAACAAAGGAUGGGCGUGUUAAGCUUAUUGAUUUCAAUCCUUGGGGGGCAUUUACAUUGCCGCUUCUGUUCACUUGGGAGGAACUGGAGCAAAGCUCCAGUGAGAAGGGGGAUCGUGUUGAGUUUAGGAUUGUAGAGAGCAGAUGUGCAGUUCGUCCAGGAUUGAAGACAGCAGUCCCUUAUGAUUACUUGGAUACCAGCCCAGGCAGUGGGUGGGAUCAGUUCCUGAGGAAUGCAGAUGCAGAAUUGCAGAGGCAAGCUAGAUCUCCUGAUGCAUGUGCUUAAAGGAUUCCUUUUCUACUUCAAUGACAAUUUUGUUUGCAAUUCAGUUAUCUUCUGAGUUCCCUAUGUUUUUUAACAAGUUCAGAAGCAACAUGGUUUAUUAUUUACUUGUGGAAGAGAAUUAAUUGCUUGUCUUGUAA